AUGGAUCUUCGUGUCGACAUCGUCGAGACGAGGCUCUGCCUGGACCAUCGCAGGAGGCCACCAGGUAAGUUCCCCCUCAGGUAAGUGCAUUUGCUCUGUUUCUUCCUUUUGUCUGUUGAAGUUGCGUGUCGUCUGCUGCUCUUGCUGCCUGCCCUCUGUAUGCUAGUCUGUCUGCUAAUAGCUAGAUGUAACUCCCGAUGCCUGCUGCGACUGUCUGUCUGUCAGUUUAUGCCUCUCUCUGCUAAUAGCUAGGUGUUACGGUGCUUAACACUUGAAUGGUGCCCUCUCACUUCUGUCUCUGAUUGAUGACUGUGUCUGUUUGUCCACUCUAGCUAGCUGUAAGUCCCAUAGCGUUAGGUAGUGUGUAUGCUCUCUCCUACUUCACUCCAUCACAUCACCUCACCACCAAGGUCCCAGGCUAAUUCGGGUCGUUCUCUCACUAACAAAAAGUCGUGGCCCAUAGUGGAGUCCGGCAGCCGUCUGGGAUAACCGGGCAGCCCUGUUCAGGGAUGCGUUGCCUGCCCCCGCGAGGGGGAGGGGGCUAGAAAAGGUGCCCUAAAGAUCGCUGGGAACCAAGCUGUCUGUAGGCUGGCCGUGGCCGCAGUCGAAACAGCCAAAACCGAAACAACAACAACAACAAUCACUCUCUUCCUCUUCCAGCCUAUUCUUCUUCUUCUCCUAAUCCUACUUUUCGCCGCCGUAGUCGCCAGACUGGCAGGGUGAGCCCGCUCACUCUGGCAGCCUGGAAUGUUCGUUCCCUUUUAGACAAUCCGAGGAGCAACCGACCGGAACGGAGGACGGCGCUAGUGGCACGAGAACUGCCGCGCUACAAGGUGGACAUCGCCGCACUCAGCGAGACCCGAUUCUCUGAACAAGGCCAGCUGGAGGAGGUGGGUGCCCACUACACCUUCUUCUGGAGUGGUCGACCCAGGGCAGAGCGACGAGACGCGGGUGUCGCCUUCGCCAUCCGGACCGACAUCGUGGGACGACUGCCCUGCUUGCCGCAGGGAAUCAACGACCGCCUGCCUCUCCGGCGAGGAGGCAAAUUCGCCACCAUCAUCAGCGCCUACGCUCCGCCGAUGACCAACCCCGACGCCGUCAGAGACAAAUUCUACGAGGACCUGCACGCCCUCUUGGCGACUGUGUCGAAGGCGGACAAGUUGAUUGUCCUUGGCGACUUCAACGCCCGCGUCGGCACAAACCACACUGCCUGGAGGGGAGUGCUGGGUCCUCACGGUCUCGCGGCUCCAACGACAACGGCCUGCUUCUCCUCCGCACCUGCGCAGAACACCGCCUCAUCCUGA